GACAUUGAUCAGUUAGGAAAAACAGAAAUAGUUAAACAUAAAAUCAAUACUGAAAAUGCCUCUCCUAUUAAACAAUAUCCCUAUAAAAUGUCUCCUAAACACGAAAAAUUUAUCAAAGAAGAGUUGAACAGAUUACUUCAACAAGGGCUCAUUAAAGUUUCUUAUAGUCCUUGGACCUCUCUUACAUUAGUUGUUAGCAAAGCUAAUGGAAAGUUCAGACUUGUAAUUGAUUACCAUCAAUUGAAUAAA